AUGCGAGUCAGCAGUUCCACGGGCACAGAGGCACAGACAUCAGGACGGGACCUGUUGACCCGUGCGGCGCUGGUGCUGGUGCCUGUGCCUGCCGGGCAACCGCGCCGACGGGGCGUCACCUCGCUGGAGACGCAGCCCCAGAACGAGGCUGUAUCUAGUCUGGCAAGCGGCAGAGCCAGGUCACGAAUCGAGGUUUCUGACUCCAGCUCCAGCGCCCAGGCCCCAGGCCUGCCACAUGUCCACUUCAUUGAGGAACACCCUGUUCCCUUAGAAGCUCGUGAGGUCAGAGGCCCUGGGACCGAGCCACCAGCUGUGGACAUCCUACCAGGACAGCCUGUUCCCCCCACAGCUGCUGAGCUGGCGAAACCAAACUCGCCACUGGCCCACCCUAUUUAUGGUAAGUCCCUCCGCACUGCAGAAACGGGACCUGAAACUGCCUGCAGGCAGCAGGAUGGGAGAGCAUCAGGCUCCCGGCUCCUGGUCCCAGUGCUGCGCCACCAAAGGGCACCACCACAGGACGCCAGGUUCCCAGGACGCAGCUGGGACAGCACGGUGAUGAAGACCCUGAGGGGCGGCCCCCUGCUGCUGCUGCUGCUGCUGCUCCUGGGGCCACCGGAUGUCUCCCAGGCCCAGAAGUGCACCGGGCACCCCGCCAUCCCCGGCGUCCCGGGCAUUCCGGGGACACCAGGAGCUGAUGGCACACCUGGGACGCCAGGGAUAAAGGGAGAGAAAGGGAUGCCAGGGGUAGCUGGCGACCACGGCGAGUUUGGCGAGAAGGGGGACCCGGGGAUCCCAGGGAAGCCGGGAAAAGUCGGCCCCAAGGGCCCCAUGGGCCCCAAAGGCUCCCCAGGGCCCCCCGGACCCCGUGGCCCCAAGGGGGAAUCGGGAGACUACAGGGCUACACAGAAAAUCGCCUUCUCCGUCACGCGGACCGUCAACACGCCGCUGCGGAAGGACCAGACCAUCCGCUUCGACCACAUAAUCACCAACGAGAACAACAACUACGAGCCUCGCAGCGGCAAGUUCAUCUGCAAGGUGCCCGGCCUCUACUACUUCGCCUACCACGCCAGCUCACGAGGCAACCUGUGUGUGAACCUCAUGCGGGGCCGUGACCGCGGGCAGAAGGUGGUCACUUUCUGCGACUACGUGCAGAGCACCUUCCAGGUCACCACGGGCGGCAUCGUGCUCAAGCUGGAGGAGGGGGAGAGCGUCUUCCUGCAGGCCACAGAAAAGAACUCCCUGCUGGGCAUGGAAGGUGCCAACAGCAUCUUCUCUGGGUUCCUGCUCUUCCCGAACCCAGAGGCGUGACCGUGGGGCUGAUUCAUCCCCCUCCCCACCCCUCGCCCACCAGCAAAGCUCACUUUACCCCCAACGCCACCUCUGCCCAGCCAAAGCACACAGCCAGUCUCCGUGGGUGCGCUGAAUGAAUGAGUAAAUAAACUCGUCCCGACCGAGG